UUAAGAAAAUCUAAAUGCAUAGUGAUGUAGAACAGGAAGGUAUCUACCACAAAUGUACAUUUCAUGACCCCCGGGGUAGGGAUUUUGACCCCAGGGUGAGGCCAAACUUACUAUAUGGUGUUUAUGUGUAAACCACUUAAAUAACAUAUCCCUUAGUAAUAUUGAUACUAAAUUGUAACUAAAUAAAUAUUUAGAAAGAGCAAUCAUUGCUUGGUUUCUACUAAUACGAACACCUCUAAAUUAUACCCCUACCCUUGAUUUUAUUGACAUGGUUCGUCUUCUCCAAGAAGUUUUUUGGGGAAAUGGAGAUGACUAUGGUAAUGAUAUAGUAUAUGAGUUAAUAAUAUCAAAACAUAUUCAACAACUAUCUAUCAUAAAAAAUGAGACCCUUGUUUACAGUAUGUCAAAAUAUCUGCAAUUUGAAUAAAAAUUGUUAUCAGAGUUCAGAACAUGACCUUAUCUUGAAAUUUAACAUCAUGUCAAUUUCUUAUCUAGUUCAUCAGAUUCGCCGCUUCUCUUUGUAAUAAAUCUAAAAUAUAAUAUCAUUAAAAAUGAUCUCCACCAGUGUGUUUAAAAAUAUCCGCGUACAUCAAGCGCACAGAAUUCUUUGAUACACAUGGCUUACGAAUGAUAGAAGUGCAAACAUUUACGAUGCCCAACGUUAUAUGUACGAUGCUUCAAAAUAAUUGUCUUGAAGGUUUUCCUUAUAAUGCAGACAAAAUCGAAGUCGAUGAGACUUUUGAAGAGCUACAGUGUAAUAUUAAGUUCAUGUGCUGAACAAAUGAUAUAACUAAUGAUUUUAGAUCUUUAUUUUUAACCGCUCUCUUUUUGAAAUCAUACUUAGUUCAAUUAAGAAAAUCCACAUUUCCUGUUAUUCGCUCGCCACAUCAUUUUUAUUUCCUAAAUGAAAAAUAACACUUAUAGAAAAGUUUGCCCUCUCGUUUCUCUUUUUUCUUAGCAAAUGCAAAGAAGUAUUUUCCAAAUUGGAAUGGCCUAAGAAGAAAUAUAUUGUUUACUUCAGAACAAAUUACCCUAGUGUUGACUUGGAUAUUAGUGGAAACACAAUAAUUUUUAUUUUUGGCCUUAGCAUUCAAGAAAUGUACAAGUCAAAAACAGGUUAAUUGCUAUCAGUGUGUGAAAUAUGUAGAUCACUUGAAUGUGUGAAAUAAAUGUAUAUUGAGAAUAGGUUGAUAUUUACAUGUCAGUUUAAUUAUUGUAGAUUGUGUUCCUAAAGACCCAGACCCUCCACAUCAUGGACACACUAGGACUCAGCACUCAGCUAAAAGUACGACAAUGUUCUCAAUGUCAGGGGAACACUGAGUUUUACUGUAACACAUGUAAACGUGACCUGUGUUUACAGUGUAAAAAGAAACAUGUUACAGAAAACAGCACCAGAUAUCACAAUGUAGUGUUCUAUGUAACUCGUUAUACUGAGAAGAGUUUUACCACACAGUGUAAACUACGACAAUGUUCUCAAUGUCAGGGGGACACUGAGUUUUACUGUAACACAUGUAAACGUGAUCUGUGUUUACAGUGUAAAGAGAAACAUGUUAUUGAUCUACAUACCAAACACCAUGGUGUUGUGAUUUACCGUGAGAACUUUAAAUGUGUCCCUUUACGAGAGACCUGCGUCCGACAUCCAAACAGAAAAUACAGAAUGUUUUGUGAUCACUGUUACUAUUCCGUAUGUAAGCGCUGUACAGGUCAUAGCACACACGCGCUGGUGGACCUUAGAACAGCCUAUCAAACAAAGCGACAACAACACCGAGAAAUCAUAGACAACAUCAGAAGUGAGAUUCUCUAUAACUGUCGUGUUUUCCUGGCAGGAAUCCAAACUGAUAUCCAAACUUGUCCCCCACAAAUCUGUCACCGUCAAUCACAGAUGUCAACAAAAGCCAAGAGACUGAAAAGUCUUAUCGACACUGCGGUAUGUGAUGUUAAAAUAAGAUACAGAGGUUUAUUGAUUGAUAGAAUACAACAACAGAAGAGAAAAAUGAACAGACACCUCACCCACAUACAGAACUAUGAAAACAGAAAUGAACAAUCAGCAAACAGAGCGGUACAAUUCCUCUUGUUUAUAAAGACCAGUCGUGUCCCCCAGAUAAAGGACACCCCUAAUCUUCCACAACACCUGCUGUUGUCCCUGACUGAGGGAUUCAACAUAGAUGAUGUCAGUCAGUUAUUGAGGGGAAUCCCAGAAAUCCAAAUGACAACAGGAAAACGACAAGUAGGAAUAGACGAGUGUGUGAAACUGAUGUCCACACCUGUAUUACACACGUCUGUCUGUGUGACAGGUAGUAGUUGUGUGUUACACAUAUCUCGCGUGAUCUCAGACAAGGUCUGGGUCUCUGAUUAUAACACUCUCAUCUUAACCGACACAACAGGAAACACUAUACACCGUGUGACAGAUAUACCAACAUCGUAUAGAGUAGGACUACACACAGUGAACUGUUUUGGUGAACUGAUUUAUAUAGACAGGAAACAUAACGUCAAGAAACUCUCUGUAAACAAUAAAAUAUUUACCGCACUGUUAGAAAGACCAUCACCAUGGUAUCCACGGUGUGUGUACUGCUCCCCGUCCACUGGAGAUCUGAUGGUCGGGAUGUGUAACUAUAAAACAAAGACAGGCAAGGUAACCCGGUACAACAGUGGUGGUCAACACAUCCUGACCAUUCAACACAACAACAACAGUCACACACUGUAUAGUGGCCCUUAUUAUAUCACAGAGAAUAAGAACGGUGAUAUUAUUGUGUCUGACUGGAUUAAUUAUCUUCGUGGUGCUGUAGUGGUAACAGAGGGCGGGGGGAGACAUCGAUUCUCCUACACAGGACAUCCAUCAGGGUCAUCGCUAGCACCACGAGGAAUUUGUACAGAUGCACUGUCACACAUCCUGGUGUGUGAUGAUAACACCCGCUCAGUACAAAUGAUUGACAAGGACGGCCACUUCCUGUCUCUGCUAUUGACACAACUCAGUUUAAACAGACCAUUUAGCCUGAAUUAUGAUGAUCAAACUCACCUUCUCUGGGUCGGACCAUUCAACACCAACACAGUGUCUGUAUAUAGAUAUCUACUGAGGAGGUACUCUCUGACUGAUAUAUGGUGGCGCCCAGUUUUUUAUUGGUGGAAGAGAGAACCCAGAUACAAUGUACCUGGGAAGAGACCACUGACUUUCCGAAAGUAAAAUAAUCCAGUCACAGAUGAGCGGAUCAUGGAAGCGUCAGGUUAUGACGGGAUUCAGAAUUAGGAUCAGAGCUGGAAAUGAGUGAAGAGUCCGAGUCUGAAGAAAACAGCGAGGAUCUGAAGUCUGAUGAUAGCAGCAAGGAAUCUGAUCCUGAUGACGAGGACACUGCUGAAUCAGGGACCAGUGAAGAAAAUGGUGUAGAGCAAAACGGUCAUGAUAAGAAUUUAGAGGAGACCAACGAGGAUAAAGAUGAAUAAGAAAUGUCCGGGUAAUGAUAGUGAGAUAAUAAAGAUCUGUCCGAAGGAACGGACUAGGUUAAAUAAGUGUCAUUUCUGGCCCUGAAAUUCUAGCAUAAUUUGCUUUCUAUGAGAUACAGUCAUUUCCAAUUUGAAAUAAUCAAAAACUAAAAUUAAGUGUUUUCUCUUUUAGAAUUUUGUAUAAUGAAGUUCGUGACCUUUCUUCAAUGUGUUUUAGAAUUUUGUAUAAUGACGUUCGUGACCUUUGUUCAAUGUGUUUUAGAUUUUUGUAGAAUGAAGUUCGUGACUUUUCUUCAAUGUGUUUUAGAAUUUUGUAUAAUGAAGUGCGUGACUUUUCUUCAAUGUGUCCUAUAAGAAAUACAAAAUAGAUAGUUGGGCAAACACGGAACCCUGGACACACCAGAGGUGGAAUCAGGUGCCUAGGAAAAGUAAGCAUCCCCGGUGGACCGGUCACACCCGCCGUGAGCCCUAUAUCCUGACCAGGUAAACGGAAUUAUCCGCAGUCAAAAUCAGUGUGCCAAGAACGGCUGAACAAUCGGUAUAAAACACGUCAGACAGCAUUUGACCCGAUGAUAGGGUGUAUUGACAAACUAGAUCGUAUUUUCCACCAUAGAAUUAGCGAAAUGCUGACUUCAUUCGAGACUGUUGAAACACCUCUACCUCUGGUAUGUCCAGGGGUCUGUGUUUGCCCAACUAUCUGUUUUGUAUUGCUUAUAGGAGUUAUGAGAUUGAUCACUGUUUGUUGUGUUCACCUUUCACACUGUAGAUUCAAGGCGAUUUUAAGUCACGCCUUCCGGGGCUGUGGAGGAGCAACAAUAGGUCAUACAAUAUCUAUAUGGAUAUUAAUUGGAAAGUCAUUUUAUAAUCAUUUUUUUUUCAAGAAAAAAAGGAUGAUGAAUAACUAUAUUAAUUUGCAAGGACACCAAAGCGAUGCACAUUCAAGUUUGUUCAGAUUAUGGCCUUCUGAAGUAGGAUGGGGCCACCAUAGGGGAUCAAAUUGUGUAGGAAAUGUCUUUAAAUUCUUUAUUUAAACAACAACAGGGUCAUGUUUGUUAAUUCCAAGACCCUUGGUUAGGGUGAUGCCACAAUGGGAGAUUGAAAUUUUAUUUCGAAAUAUAAUGGGAAUAUGCCAGUUUCGAGAUAAGAGCUCUUCUGUGUAGGAAGUAUAUUUAGUAGAACGUGGAGGGCCUAAAUGGGACGGAGUGAACUUAUCGUCAGUGAGAAAGACGACAAAAUGUAUUAAAAGCGGCGUCUCUUUAAAUACGUAAACGUUGAAAAUACAAAAUACUAUCGAAAGGAAUGUUUUACUGAAGCCGAAACAUAACAACACUGUCAUAUUUGAAAGUAAUAUCCUGGAUACCAUACCAACUACCAACGAAAUUACAUGGUAUGAUAAAAUGACAUGGUCUAUGGUGAUCAGGUCUUCCAAAAGUCUGUUGGAAUUCCUAUGGGCACAAAUUGUGCUCUUUUGUUAGCCGGCCUAUUUUUAUAGUCAUAUGAUGCAACAUUUAUUCAAAAACGUCUACGUAAGAAGAAAAAAAUCUCUUGCUGCAGCCUUCAGUUCAACUUCUAGCUAUAUCGACGAAAUAUUAUCGAUCAACAAUGAUAAUUUCCAGUCAUAACUCGAUUCAAUAUAUCCUAGUGAACUCGAAAUAAAAGAAACCACGGAGUCGUCAACUUCUGCUUCAUACAUUCAAAUUUAUGACAAACGGGAUGAUUUCAGCUUCUCCAUCGUCAUCUUCCUAUAAUCAUGCAGCGAUAUUCCAUUAUCACCUGUAUAUUGUGUUUACAUCCCUCCCUUGAUCCGAUACGAAGAUAUUGUCCUUUGUAUGGUAAGAUUUUAAAUCAAAGCAGUUUACUGACAAACAAGUUAAUGGUGCAGGGGUUCCAGUAGGGCUGGGACGAUUCAGGGUUAGCUCGAUUCGGUUCGGUUUCGAUUCAGAACAGCACGGUUCGGUUAUUUUCGAUUCGGUUCAUGUUAGGUCCAAUUUAUCUAAUGACACCACAGAAAUUAACAAUUUUAAUGAGUAGCAUAUUUGAUUUUAUUUUAUUCAAGUUAUAUAACUAUAUGUCGUCAUUUGUAAACAUCAUGUCUAUUUAUAAUGGCAUUUUAUAACUUUGAUA